AACCCGAUCACUCUCGUUUGUCGCUAGAAGUUUAAAAGACGUUGAAAUCAUUGAUAAAUGUAACAAUUAUAACUUUUAAUGAAACUAGUAAAUGUAAGCAUCGUGCCAUGGUAUAUCAUAAUGUCCUGUUUACCGCUACUAGUGCAAGUAAACAAAGGUAUUGACUGUGAGUCCGGAGCUGGUACCGAGCAUACAGAGAACAUUGGAGACAGUGUUGUCAAGAAAGAAGAGACGAUAGUCAUUAACCUUUGUGAGGUGUCCUCAGAGUGUGGCACUUAUCUUAUCGUGAAAACUUUCCGGUACAAAAAAGAACGAGUUAAUCACAGUUUCAAAUGACCUGAGGGAUCAACAGCCGGGAUGUACAAUUUUGCUCUUUAAAAGUGGAUAAACUAAUACAACAAUGGAUGGGGAAUCGGUAAAUAUAGCAAAGGAUCAAACCCAGUUUUUGUCUUCGGAUUCAACUCCUGUUCAAGAGUUUGCUUCGAAACGCGAAGGCCAGCUUUCACUAGAUGAGAAAAAGUUCCUGCUAUCAGUGGAGAGGGGUGAUCUAGCUUCAGUCCGUAGGUACGUUAGUUGGGAAGCUAUAGACAGGAACACGGCAACUUUCACGCCAGAUAUUUCACCUUUGAUGCUCGCGGCCCAUCGAAAUAAUUACGAAAUCAUCAAAAUCCUGUUGGAUCGUGGAGCUACACUACCAAAUCCCCAUCAAGCACGGUGUGGAUGCAGGGAGUGCGUGAUAUCCAGCUCGGAGGACAGUUUGAGGCACUCUCGCUUCCGGAUCAACGCUUAUCGUGCUCUAGCCUCGCCCUCACUCAUCUCACUUUCUAGCAAAGAUCCUAUUUUAACCGCCUUCGAGCUUAGCUGGGAGCUACGCCGGUUAAGUUUUAUGGAGCAAGAGUUCAAAAGCGAGUAUCUUGAGAGCAACAAAAUAACUGAAACUAUCAACAUAAACUGUGUCGACCCCUUGGGCCGUUCCGCCCUACUGAUGGCUAUAGACAAUGAAAACCUGGAAAUGCUGGAGUUACUGAUUGCAUUUGGGAUGGAGACAAAAGAUGCCUUACUGCAUGCCAUUAGCGAAGAAUAUGUGGAGGCAGUGGAGGUAUUACUGGAACACGAGGAGAACAGCCAUAAAAAAGGGGAUCCUCAUUUCUGUGCCCACUCCAACGUUCAGCAGUUACUAGCUUCCAUCUGGUACGAAGGAUUGCCUGGAUUCCGACGGAAGAACGCUCUUCUCCAGUCAUUAGAAAUCAUUCGGAUAGGAAUUCUCUUUCCAUUAUAUUCAAUAGCUUACAUCCUUGCUCCCCACUCUAGCUUCGGUCGUACCAUUCGUCGUCCUUUCAUCAAGUUCAUCUGUCACUCCAUUUCUUACGUCACUUUUCUAUUUCUUCUGAUCCUUGCGUCACAACGAGUAGAGAGCGUGAUGAUUGGUUGGCUUGGAACAAAACCGAAACAGAAGAAUGCCAUGGUAACGAAACGGGGAGCUUCUCCAACAAUCAUUGAAUGGAUGGUUUUAGCCUGGGUAGCAGGCUUAAUAUGGAGUGAGAUUAAGGAGCUGUGGGAAUCUGGACUUACUCAGUAUAUUAGUGAUAUGUGGAACAUAAUCGACUUCUUCACCAACUCCCUCUAUGUAGCCACCGUGGCGCUUCGAGUGGUGGCUUAUUUUCAGGUACAAAAAGAAAUUUCACUUAAUACCGGAACAGCUUUCCUCCCUCGAGAAAGUUGGGACGCCUGGGAUCCAAUUUUGAUUGCCGAAGGACUUUUUGCAGCGGCGAAUGUCUUCAGUUCGUUGAAGCUGGUAUACAUCUUCUCUGUGAAUCCUCAUCUUGGACCUCUUCAGAUAUGUCUCGGGAGGAUGGUUAUCGAUAUUCUCAAGUUCUUCUUCGUGUACGCCCUGGUAUUGUUUGCCUUUGCCUGUGGGAUGAACCAGCUCCUCUGGUACUAUGCAGAUCUGGAGAAACAAACUUGUCAAGCCCAGAGAGACGUGUCUGCCUGUCAGAAAUGGAGAAGAUUUGCCAACGUGUUCGAGUCGUCACAGACACUGUUUUGGGCAAGCUUUGGUUUGAUAGACCUGGACAGCUUCGAGUUGACGAAUAUUAAAAGUUACACCCGCUUUUGGGGCAUGUUGAUGUUUGGAAGCUAUUCCGUUAUCAAUAUCGUGGUCCUCUUGAACCUGCUCAUUGCCAUGAUGAAUCAUUCUUAUCAGAUGAUUUCGGAGCAUACAGACACUGAAUGGAAGUUUGCAAGAAGUAAGUUGUGGAUGAGUUACUUCGAAGAUGGCGGCACCGUUCCCCCUCCUUUCAACAUCAUCCCCACUCCCAAAAGUGUUUAUUACCUUCUUUGCUGGAUAGUCAGAAAGCUGUGUGGAUAUUCAGAGCUAACAAAGAAAGACAAUAAAACAAAUCUAAAAAAGGCUAAAAAAGCAACCGAAAGGGAUUUUCGUUAUCAGACCAUCAUGAGAAGCCUGGUUCGUCGUUAUGUAACCAAAGAACAAAGAUAUACUGAUAACCAAGGCGUCACCGAAGAUGACGUGAAUGAGAUUAAACAAGACAUUUCCUCAUUUCGAUAUGAACUGAUGGAAGUGCUGAAGAACAGUGGAUUUAAUACGUUAAUAGCAAAAGGACAAACUCAAG